AUGAAUCAGCUGCCACCCUUUCUGCAGCUUGCCGUUCGCAAGAAACCUCGAUACUCAACCCGACCAUUCUACACCACGUUGCUUGUGUUCACAGUCCUAGGAACCGCAAGUCUGAUAUUUUCAGGAGCAAAUAGACCAGGUCUUUUUGCUCAGUCGAGUUCCACAGCAGGGAUAGAUCUCCUCAGGCGAGGGGGCGAACCUGAGUGUCGCUCGGUUCGCAAUGUGAAGGAUCAAUGUGCAUUUGUCCGCGCCAACUGUCCCGAUCACGAGGAUGGAUUGAUCUCCUACCUCCAACUCUAUUACUGCACACUGGCGGAUGCGAAAUCGGUGGCCUUCACUAUUUUAAUUCUCUGGCUCGCGCUUCUCUUCAGUACUAUUGGAAUCGCAGCAAGUGAUUUCUUGUGUAUCGAUUUGAGCACAUUGGCCAGUAUUUUGGGAUUGAGCGAGAGCCUGACGGGCGUGACCUUCCUCGCAUUCGGCAACGGAAGUCCCGAUGUGUUCUCUACGUUUGCCGCCAUGCGGUCGAAUAGCGGAAGCUUGGCAAUUGGAGAGUUGAUUGGGGCUGCGACGUUCAUUACCUCGGUUGUCGCGGGCUCUAUGGCUCUGGUUCGGCCGUUCAAAGUCGCGCGUAGAAGUUUUGUCCGCGAUGUGGGCUACUUUGUGGUUGCCGUUACAUUCAGCAUGUUUUUGCUGGCUGAUGGGAAACUUCAUGUAUGGGAGUCGGCUGCGAUGGUAUGCCUAUACGUUUUCUACGUUUUCAUGGUCGUGACCUGGCACUGGUAUUUGGUUCGACAACGCCGAAAGAACGAGAGAGACAUUGCAGCGCGAGCCCAUUUCCACAUACCCGAAAAUCAAGAACUGGAAAUUGAAGAGGCCGAGGAGGAUGAUCCCGGUGUGGCCUCUGAGUCACGGAGUCUACUUCGCGGGGCCUCGACGGAGGAUUUUGAUCUUUUGGAGCGUGCCGAGGCUGUUCCUCUUUGGAAGGAAGAGGAUGACGAAGAUGAUGAAACUCGAAAUCGGUAUCUAGCUGAGAUUCGCGACAACAUGCACGUAUAUCGCCCCAUGCGAUCAAGACGCAACACGAUCAAUCCCAUUCGCCCAAGUCUUGUCGGUGCAUUGGAGUUUCAAUCUGUGCUUAAUGCACUCCAAAAAUCAAGGAAUACUCAUCUCAACCCAACAAUAAGUCUGAGCAGCUAUUCAGAUGAUGGCGAGUCGGAUUUCGAUGCGCGCUCAGUAGCGUCCCAUCCUCGUGUCAGUCGGCCAUCCGCCAACGACCGCCUGUCACCUAAUAGUGCUGCGGGUUCUUCUCGGGUUCGAGCCGUGUCCGCAAAUGAUGCCGACGGCUUGAAGCUGGAUGCCAGUAUCCUGGAGCAUCGCCCAAAGCAAGGCCCUCUUCUAACCGUGAGUGGGCCCUCUUACGAAGAUACUCCCGGGCAAAACGCGAUGCAGGCUCGCCAGCUUCCUCGUAUCGAUACUGGGCUGGCAUUGACAGAAUCCCCUGUGAAUUCUACACUUAACUCGCUGAGUCCAAGCCCGGUUGUUUCAGGUCCCGCGUCCCCAGAUCUUCUCGCUCCCUCGGCUGCUUUUCAAGCUCCCAAUUACCAAGCUACAGGAGCACAUGAGCGUUCCCCAAUGUCAGUAUCCCCCGGUGGUGGCACCGCAAACAGUUAUCACUCCGGCUAUGGUUUAGAGAGCCCUUCAAUGCCUUUCCCGUCCUUUACCGAUUUCCCGACCACUACAUCACGGCCCCCCAGCAUUCGACUCCCCAAUUCCGCAAGUCCUUUGGAACAGCUUCAUGUCCAAGAUGGGUAUGAUGAAAUUGCUCAUGUAGGCCUUUCUUUUCGAAAACUCUCAAGGAAAUUUUGGCCUGACUCGAUUCCCCCUCCCCAGCAGAUUGGUUGUACACUCUUCCCGACCUUGGCAGGCUGGAAAUCUAAGAAUAUCUGGGAGCGCCUUCUGGGCUUGAUUGCAGCCCCCAGUGUUCUGCUACUUACCCUCACGGUCCCAGUGAUUGAGCCUCAAGGUCCCGAGACUGUAGACCCAGACCCACUGCCCUCAGUGAUCAUUCAGGAUGUUGGUGACGGGGAGAACCCUUCCCCGAGAGUGAGACUUCCUGCCGACAGUCCAAUCCUUAUUCCUAUAGAACAUCACCAUGCAGGGUCUGUUUCGAAUGCUCCAACACACCCUCACCGCAAAUCCACACACGGACACAUUGGCCGUCCACGGUGGGACUCGGAACUCCCAGCCGCACCACCGGCAGCCGCAGAUUGUCCCGUCCAGGCAAAGGAUUGGAAUCGCUGGUUGAUUGCAAUCCAGCUCUACACCGGCCCCUUCUUCGCCGUCCUCAUAGCUUGGACAACCGUGGACGAAGACCGCCGACUCCGAAACCUCAUCCUCCCAUCUCUAGUCUCCCUCCUCUUCUCCUCAGUCUGCCUAACAGCCCUGAUCAUAAGCACCCGUCGUCAAAAUAACCCCCGACGCGCAAGUGGAGACGCCUCAUUCCCCUUCCUCCAACAAGAAAUCCAACCAAAACCCCACACCCUGCCAAACCAAUGGCGUCCUUUCCUCUCCCUACUAGGCUUCCUAGUGGCAAUCUCAUGGAUAGCAACAAUAGCCACAGAAGUUGUCGCCCUCCUCAAAACAAUCGGAGUCAUCCUCAACAUCUCAGACUCCCUCCUGGGUCUAACAAUCUUCGCCGUCGGCAAUUCCCUCGGCGACCUGGUCGCCGACAUCACAGUCGCCAAACUCGGAUACCCAGUCAUGGCUCUGAGCGCUUGCUUCGGUGGACCAAUGCUCAACAUUCUCCUGGGCAUCGGCCUGGGUGGUCUGUACAUGACCAUCAACAGCGGGAAUGGCAGACAUGACGAGACUGUCGGGUCCGUGAAGGUUCCUUAUGAUAUUGCUAUUUCCAAGGUUCUCGUGAUCAGUGCCGCCUCGCUACUGGUCAUACUUGUUGCUCUUUUGAUUGUCGUUCCAUUGAACAAGUGGAAGAUGGAUCGGAAGAUUGGCUGGGGUCUUGUUGUUUUCUGGUGUGUCAGUACAUUAGGCAAUGUCAUUGUAGAGCUUUUUGCUUGA